AUGCCGGAAGUUGAUUGCAGUGCUGCCAACAAGGAGAUGUAUCCGUAUGUGGCAGAUGAGGAUGAAAAAUUCUUUCAGAUCGCUGCCGUGUUCACCCCAAGCAUGUUGGAUUGGGCUGGGCAGAGUCGGUGGGAGCUUGCCAUGGCAGACCUGAGGGAGAAGAGCGCGCUGGGCAGUGGCUGGGCGAAGGGGAACCUGUGA